AUGUUGUCCAACCGCAGUUUUAGUCCUGCUCCCGAGCUGUUCGAUCUAUAUGGCUUAGUCCUGCGGAUUUUGGUGCCUUUGGAGACGACAGUGUUCUACUUCAACCCCACAGGAGUCGAUUGCAGUUGGGAGACACUAGUCAAGACUAGCUUAUCUCAGCAACCUCAGAUUGUUUGGCGGAGGGCAGACGACUUCCCAGGAUUGUACAACCAACAAGGCCGCAACCUCUUUGUGAUGGCCUGCUUAUCUAGCAGCUAUUACGAAGAGCAACUCAAGCUUUUGGCCACCAGUUUGACGCGUUUAAGGUCGGUCAAAAUCCUCAUCGAGACGCAGGGCAAGGGCAGCUCAUUUCUGGCCUCCCAAAUUCUGUUGCUUUGCCAGCAGCACAGUAUGCUAAAUGUGGUGCUGUUUUUCCAGGGUUGGACUCGCCCCUUCACCAUCUUCAGUUACCUGGCCUUUCCAUAUUUCAAGCUUGUCAAGCAGCGUUUUUCGGCAGUCUCCACAGCCAGUAUCUAUAGAAACCAGAUGGCGGAUCUACGGGGCUACCAAUUACGCGUUCAACCUGAUCUAUCGCCUCCCAACUUAUUCGACUAUCAAGAUCGGAUGGGCGAAUAUCGACUAGGCGGUUUCAUGUGGCACAUUAUAGACAAGUUUGCCGGAACAAUGCGAGCAAACAUUAAGAUUCUAUAUCCCACAUGGUCAAAAGUCAAGAUGAUGAGUGCGGAAUACAUGAUAGAGUUUACCCGGAACGGCAGCUCGGAUAUCGGGCUGACCACCACCAUGACUGCUUUCAAGCACGAGGAGAGGUACCGCGACUAUAGCUACCCUCUGUUGUUCUCCAGUUGGUGCACCAUGUUGCCCGUGGAGAAGCCUGUAAGUGUCGACAGCUUGUUCGGACAUGUUCUGAGUCCUGGCACAGCGAUUGUUCUACUCUUGGCCUGUGUCUUGCAUUUCCUGGUACUUCCCUGGCUGCUUACAUUUAUGGGCUUCACCAUUCGGGGCCGAUUAAAUCGGGUGUCUCAAAGGAUUUUUGUCCUGGUGCUGCUCUGCGCCAGCUCCGCACAGCUGCUCUCCCUGCUGAUAUCCCCGGUACUGCACAAACGAAUCGAAAGUUUCGAUGACCUCUUGGAAUCGGAUUUGAAAAUCUUCGGAUUGCGCAACGAGUUUUAUUUUCUGGACGGCGCAUUCCGGGCAAAGUACGCUGCAGCUUUUCGCCUGAGUGACGAUCCCAAUGAACUGUACGACCACAGGAACUACUUUAAUGCAAGUUGGGCCUACACCAUCACCACAGUCAAAUGGAAGGUGAUCGACGCCCAGCAGAGGCACUUUGACCAUCCUGUUUUCCGCUUCUCGAAGACCAUGUGCUUCAGUGGAGCCUCGUCAAGGGGCUUGAUACUAGCUCCGGAGUCCAUCUACCGUGGACCCCUUCAUCUGUUCAGCCUGCGGGCGGAACAGGCUGGACUAAUCGACCACUGGAUGACACACAGCUUUUAUGAAAUGGUCAGGGCGGGACGCAUGACCAUCAAGGACUACAGCUCUACUACCAUUUUGCAGUCCCUGCGGAUCAAGGACCUUCGAUUGUGCUGGCUGAACUUCGCAGUGGGGGUGGGCCUUUCGUCCGCCGUAUUCACCAUCGAAUUGCUUCUGAUCUACACCAACGUAUUUCUCAACAGCUUGUAG